AUGGCUUCGACCUGUCGGGGGAGGACUCUGCGGAGGUCGAGAUUUGGCUGCCGAAAUUGCAAGCUUCGAAAACUCAAAUGCGACCAAGGCAAACCGCAGUGCAAGAGGUGUAGUUCAUUCGGCGUAUUAUGCAACUUUAUGCCCAACAUCCCCGACCUCCAGCCAGUCGCCACUGACACAGGGCGGCCAUUGGUGGUGGCUCGAGGGAAAGCAGAGCUUCAGCCGCCUCUCAUGAAUGCUGUCUGGACGUCUGACGCAUCGACGACUUAUCAAUUGAACGCAAAGUAUGACUUUAAUAUGAUACAAGUCAAUCGCAAGCUCCUGGAACUAGCCUUUGCCUACCCUUUCUUAAUGCAUGCUUCUCUAGCUGUGGCGCUUACAUAUGACCGCCAUCUGAAUGGUUCCUUAGACUGCCGUCGCACUCUAGAAGAGUGUUACCACUGGUCUCAAAGCACAGUCCUCUUGAACAAGCGACUGAGGGAACCGAUUGAAGCGAAAGACAAGGAUCCAAUCUGGGGUACUGCGGCUGCUCUGGCCAUCUUAACCUUCUCGUCCCCCGAUGCAUGCACACCGGAACAAGCAUGGCCUCUCAAGCCCUCCUCCGACUCCUCCUCCGACUUGGACUGGUUGCGUAUGAGUAACGGUAAAAUGUCAUUAUGGCACACGGUUAACCCGCUGCGACCAGACAGCCUUUUCCGCGUCAUGGCGGCGACUUAUGCUCAUAUGAAUUCACCGUUGCCAGAGGGAGGUAUAGAUGGUAUACCAAGUGCCUUGGCUGAUCUAUGUAACCUCAACGAGUCAUCUACGCCGGGAAAUAACCCGUAUUUUCAUGCUGCUCACACGCUAUCCCAGACCCUGGAGCUCCCGGAUAGCGAGGUCACAACCGGUCAGACUCAACUCUUCAUACGGAGCAUCCGCGGCCCUUUCAAGGACUUGCUCCGGGAAAGGGACCCUACAGCGCUAUUGUUGCUCUAUCUAUGGUACCGCAAAACAAGUCGCAGUAUAUGGUGGAUUGAACUUAGGGCUAGAGCGGAAUGCCCUUCUAUUUGCUUGUACCUGAGACGGUAUCAUAAAGAGAAUGCUGCUGUGCAGGCAUUCCUUCCGGGAGGAGAUCUUGCCGAUAAGUGGAAUUAG